GCCAAUAUGGCGUUGUGCGGUUAAGCAGUUAGCUGGAUACGGGCACAUUUUUUUAAAUUUUGUUUUUAAGUAUAUAGAGACGGCAUUUAUUUACAUCUCUAUGAAGGGCUACGGUUUGAAAUAAUGCAGAGCUGUGUUAAAGUCGGUAGACUGUGUGUAUUUUCUUUAGAAGAAUGGUCAUUUCUCGCUUAGACGUUAGCCUGUCGCUGUGCUAACACGGUUAGCUCACCGCUAGCUCGCUCUGGCAGGCAGCUGGUCAGUUUGCGGGAGCGUCUCUGACCCAUGACGGAGGUGGAAGAGCUGCGGCCCGUUCCCCGGGAGCGGGCCAUCCUGGAGAGCUUCUUCACCCAGCUCGGCAUGUUUUCUUUCGACCGGGCUAAGGACUACGUGGAGAAGGAGAAGGACAACAGUAAGAGUGCCGGGGCCAUCUGGGCCGCUCUGCUGGCCGCUCUGGCUCACCUGGCCGCCGCGGAGAAAGCCUACCACAAUAUGACAUUCCUCGGACAGAAAAUGGGCGGCCAGUCCUUCUUCAGCCGCAAAGACUCCAUCCGAACCAUCUACACCUCCCUGUACAACGAGCUCAGGAAGGUGGUGACGAUGGGGCGUCACAGCCAGCCAGGUUCCGCUUCCUACCUGGAGGACCUGCUGUCGCACCUGUCAGAGCAGCUCUGCCACUUCACCCAGGCCCGCAUGGAGAUGGCCGACCUGUACGAGAAAAUGCACUCACUGGGCAGCCAGAAGAGCAUCAACUCCGAGGAGCUGGUCACCACGCUGGAGGCCAUCCUGCACAAAUACAGCACCAAGUUCCACCAUCCCAUCCUGUGCCGUGUGGAGGAGGGCUUCCAGAUGGAGGUAGACGUGGUGACCCAGUUACUGCGCUGCCAGGCCCAGGUGUCAGAGUGGAGUUUCCUGCCGGCUCUGCUCAGCCUGCACGGCGCCAACUCCAAGCUCACUACCUGGGGUCAGCUUUUCCAGCGGCAGAAAGAGACCCGCAAGCAUCUGUUCGGAGGUCAGUCCCAGAGGGCCGUGCAGCCCCCGCACCUGUACGUGUGGCUGCAGCGCUUCCAGGCGGUGCUCCUCGCCAAGUUCAGCUUCUACUUCCAUGAAGCCUUGAGCCGGCAGACGGCCCCGGCCGACAUGAGAGCCCUGACCGCCCGCACCACGCCGGACUACCACGGCAAGAUCUGCUCCUUCAUCCGCAAACACGACGCCAGCAACGUGUCUCUGGUGUUCGACAACCGCGGCUCGGAAAGCUUCCAGGGCCAUGGAUACCACCACCCGCACUCGUACCGAGAAGCGCCGAAAGGCGUGGAGCAGUUCCCCGCCGUGGUGUCGCUGCCGUCGGGAGAGCGGCCGCUCACGCACUGGCCGAACGUCAUCAUGAUGAUGGGAGACCGCGCCGCUGAGCUCAACACCCUGGACAAGGUGGUGCACUUCUACGACGACAAAGUCCAGAGCACCUACUACCUGACGCGGCCCGAGCCGCACUUCACUCUGGUGGUGAUCUUUGAUGGCAGGAAGUCGGAGAAGGAUCUGCACAUCGCCGCCUUCCUGCAGGAGAUCUCAGGCUCGCUGCGGAACUCCAAACCCUUCAGCACCCUCAAACCCGGAUCGAAGGGCUGAGCCGCAGCAGCAGCAGCACACAGAGAUACUGAACCUCGAUCAUUUCUCACAAAUAACUAAAACAUUCAUCUUCUUUGGGAGACUGUUUCCUGCGGGCCAACCAGCAGUCCUUCCUGUUGCUUUACAUCUUGUUUUGCCAAAAAAAAAAGUUCCAGACCAAAGAGACGCGCCAGUUCAACCACUCUGAUUCUCUGAUCCUGGGGGCGACGCACACAAUGCUGCUGGCUCUUAAAGCCUUUAUUUAAGAUUUAUUAAGGAUUUUAAUUUGCAUCAAUUACUGUUUUAACAUUUUUUUUUUAUUAGCUUAUAUUUACUGUGCUUGAUACAAUUUGAAUAAAGCUCUGAGAUGAUUACACAUCCGGCCUCAUUUCCUCAACA